AUGUUAAACCAGACCUCAGACAAUGACAGUGCCUCAACAUUAAAUGGCUACACAAGCCCAUUGACAAAUGACAGUAGCAGUAAUUCUAUCAGUAGAUCCGGUGGCAAAGAAAAGCGCUUCCCGUGUCCGUUCUGUGGGAAAGCCUUCCGUUUCCCCAAACAGGUGGAGAUCCACCAAAGGAUGCACACGGGGGAGAAACCUUUCGGCUGCGACAUGUGUCAGGACAGCUUUUCUCACUUGUCCAGCCUGAAGAGGCACCAGAGGGUCCACACAGGGGAGAAACCAUUCGGCUGCGACAUGUGUCAGGCCAGUUUUUCACACUCGUCCAACCUGAAGAGACACCAGAGAGUCCACAGAGGGGAGGAAUCCUACAGCUUACCCAGUGUGAGCAGAGGUUCUCUCACCAGCACCAGCUGAAGAUCCACAGGAGAAAGGCCAUUCGCCUGUAUACACUGCGGAAAGAUGUUCUCAGAGAGGAGGUACUUCAGGAUACAAGCAGAAAAUGCACACGGCGCAUGUAUAGAGUAUAGCCCUCAAACUCAACUCUGGAACUCAAUGCCAGUUCCACAGCAUUUUUUAAAUUGUUCUCCUCUAAAUCAGGCACUGAUUUAGACCUGGGACACCAGGUGGGUGUAGGGCUGUUAGUUACAGUGACCGCCAUAGCAGCGGUCACGUCUUAUGACAGCAGACAAAUUCCACGUGACCAUUUAGUCACAGUAAUUAAGCUUCUCCAAGCU